CUUGCCUGUAGAUUGAUGCACUAAGUAUGCAAGUCAAGUUGUUCCGUCACAGCCCCCCCUGGCUAGGAAGUCAAAUUGGCGCUAGCAACUGUUCGGCGUGAUACCAAAGUUAACAUAGAACGAAUCCCUCACUGAUGAUCUUUCCAGGAUGGACGCCAUGGACAUCGGACUUGAUGAACAAACUAUACGCAAUUACCGACACCUAGACUCACACUAUAGCAUAUCGCCCGGCAAAAAUGAGUGGCAACCUCUUUUUCUCUUCUCUUAUUAGUAUGAUAGGGCGCACUAAGAAGCUCUACCAACGUCUGGUGGGAGAACGGAUCCGGAGGCCUUACGAUGUCAACAAGACUGACCAACCCCCGAGCCCGCCCCGUACUGCAGCUCUUAAUGGACGCCAAGAGCACGAAAACAUUAAAUACGAAGCAUACUGUCCCAUGGAUCAUCGACGCGCCACGCCUCACGAGGUCUCAAUAUGCAGUGACUAUAGCCACAUUGUUGCUACCAUACCGGGGACGUGCUGUGGUCGAAAUUACCUUGAUCGGCGGUCAGGAAGAGGUGUCUCUCACUGAGAAUCCUGACCAGGCCAAUCACACAGGCUUGCCUCCAGAUCAGGAGCGACUUGACAAUCGUGACGCGGCCCAUGUAGAUAGCGGGCUACCGGUCGAUAACGCCAGUGUUGGCAACAUAUCAGAGAGGGUUUGGUCGAUGAGUGAAAAUAGCGUCCUUAAGUUUUGGGACUGUGAACCAGACCUGCCAGAGAGGACCCCAGCACAGUGGGAUGUGUUUUCCGAACCCUGGUGGUGGAAUACGGAUAAGUAGGAGUUGUUGACUCGUGAUUGAAGCUUCAAAGUCCUUGCGCAAGGGUGAUGGUGAGGCGAGGUGGGCUCAGGGGGCUGCUGCUGGCAUUAUGCCAUGAGAGUCAUUUCAUGAAGCUGGACCUAUUA